AUGGUAUCACUGAUAGGUCGACAAGGACUAUAUUUGUUAAGUCGUAGGAUGUUGUUCAAUUCAAUGGCUAGAUUCCUCCCACUUGUGCAGUUCAAGUUGUCAGAUAUUGGUGAAGGCAUCGCCGAAGUGCAAAUUAAAGAAUGGCAUGUGAAAGAAGGUGAUCAUGUGGCACAGUUUGAUAACAUUUGCGAAGUACAAAGUGACAAGGCAUCAGUGACAAUCACCAGCCGUUAUGAUGGUGUCAUAAAAAAACUGUACUACGAUGUUGAGGAUGUAGCGAAAAUAGGAACAACCCUUGUGGAUAUCGAAGUUGCGGAUGUCGGUGGAAAUCGUGAUGGGAAACUAGAGAGAGAAAUGACCACUUCAGAUAAUGCUCAGGAAGCUAGGAAAAUCCUUGCGAGUCCGGCAGUUCGACAACUUGCUAAAGAAAAAGGGGUGAAUCUGAAUGAAAUCACUGGGACAGGUAUUAGUGGACAUAUUCUGAAGGAUGAUAUUAUUUCUUAUGUCGAACGUCAAACUGACUCGUCAACGGCAACAGUUGCAGAUGUGACUUUCCAUGCAAUGUCACCACUGUCGCAUUCUUUGCCGCUGGAAGAGUUUGAAAUGCUAAAAAAAGAUAAAAUGAUCCCUAUACGCGGUUAUACUCGUGCUAUGGUCAAGUCGAUGACUGAGUCUUUAAAAAUACCACACCUUGGCUUUUGCGAUGAAGUGAAUUUUGAUCGAUUAAUAACAAUGCGGAAGGAACUGAGAAAUUUUGAAAUAGCAUACAAUGCUCGUAUGAGUUUCAUGCCAAUUAUUAUCAAAGCUGUCUCACUUGCUUUAAAGAAAUUUCCAAGGUUGAACGCUAUAGUAGACGAAAAUAUGGAGAAUGUCAUUUGUAAAGCAUCGCAUAACAUAUCAAUAGCUAUGGAUACUCCGGAAGGUCUUGUGGUACCGAACAUCAAACACUGUGAACAGCGCACAUUAUGGGAGGUUGCUGCUGAGUUGAACCGUCUUCAGGAAGCUAGCGGUAAAAUGAAAAUAGAUCCAGAUGAUCUAAAGGAUGGAACGUUUACACUGUCCAACAUAGGAGUGCUUGGUGGUACUUAUCUUAUGCCGGUGAUUAUGGCACCUCAGCUUGCGAUUGGAGCAAUUGGACAGAUUUCUAAACUUCCUCGAUUUAAUAAAGAGGGGAAUAUCUGCGAAGCCAAUGUGGUGAAGUUUUCGUGGGCUGCAGAUCAUCGUGUUAUCGAUGGUGCCACGGUAGCUCGUUUUAGUAGCCAAGUAAAGCGGUAUCUGGAGAAUCCAUCCAACAUGGUAGCUGAUUUGAGAUAA